AUGAACAAUAGCGACAAGACAUGUGUGAACAAGAGACACUACUUGUGUAAUGUCUGCGACAAAUCGUUCAACCAAGCCUGCAAACUGGCAGUACACCAGAGAAAACAUACCGGGGAGAAACCGUACCUAUGUGACGUUUGUGGCUUGAUGUUUCGGCAGAGCAACAACUUGACAGAACACAAGAAAAUACACACCGGAGACCAACUAUACCCGUGCGAUGUGUGUGACCAGAGGUUCACCAGUACCAGCCAUCUAACGGUCCACCAGAGGAAACAUUCAGGGGAGAAACCUUAUCCCUGCGAUGUGUGUGAAAAGAGGUUCACCAGUAACGGCCAUCUAACGGUCCACCGGAUGAAACAUACAGGAGAGAAACCUUACCCGUGCGACGGGUGUGAAAUGAGGUUCACCACUAACAGCCAGUUAACGGUCCACCGGAGGAAGCAUUCAGGAGAGAAACCUUACCCAUGUGAUGGGUGUGACCAGAGGUUCAUCAGUACCAGCCAUUUAACGGUCCAUCGGAGGAAACAUACAGGGGAGAAACCUUACCCUUGCGAUGUUUGUGAAAAAUUGUUCAGACAACAAUGUAACCUGGCAGAACACAAGAGAAUACACUCCGGAGAGAAACCAUACUUGUGUGAUGUGUGUGACCAGAGGUUCACCAGUACCAGUCAUCUAACAGUCCACCGGAGGAAACAUACAGGGGAGAAACCUUACCCGUGCGAUGGGUGUGAAAAGAGGUUCACCAGUAACAGCCAUCUAACGGUCCACCGGAGGAAACAUACAGGGGAGAAACCUUACCCGUGCGAUGGGUGUGAAAAGAGGUUCACCAGUAACAGCCAUCUAACGGUCCACCGGAGGAAACAUACAGGGGAGAAACCUUACCCCUGCGAUGUUUGUGAAAAAUCGUUCAGACAACAAUGUAACCUGGCAGAACACAAGAGAAUACACACCGGAGAGAAACCAUACUUGUGUGAUGUGUGUGACCAGAGGUUCACCAGUACCAGUCAUCUAACAGUCCACCGGAGGAAACAUACAGGGGAGAAACCUUACCCGUGCGAUGGGUGUGAAAUGAGGUUCACCACUAACAGCCAUCUAACGGUCCACCGGAGGAAACAUUCAGGAGAGAAACCUUACCCGUGCGAUGGGUGUGAAAAGAGGUUCACCAGUAACAGCCAUCUAACGGUCCACCGGAGGAAACAUACAGGGGAGAAACCUUACCCGUGCGAUGGGUUAUUAGAAGUUAACCAGUGACAGCGAAUUAACGUUUGCAACAAAUAGUUCAGCCAAAGCAAUACCUGAGAACACACAAGCAAACGCACACGUGAGAGAAACUUUUUUCCAAAUGAUUUGUAUGACUAAUAAAAUCCAAUGUUGACGGCCCACUCGAUGGAAACACACCACAGUGGAACGAUUUUAGGAUGGAUAUUUUUUAGUUGAAUUUAGCCUUGGUUAACUAUUUUUGUUAUUUUUAAAUUUAAAAUAACCAUUAUAUAUUAUAAUUCACUGUAUUAGUUUACUGAUAUUUACAUGAUUCAAAAAUUAAU